AUGGGUCACAUGAAAUCUUCCCCGACGCUGAAAGGAAACAUCCUUAUGGCGAACGAUUCCCAGCUGCCUCCAAAUCCUAUACCAACGACGGUGUCCCCAGAGAGCCUUAACGGCAUGAGUCUAUCUUUGCAGGUGUUCUUCUGCUUUGUCAUGGUCGGCAUAUUGCUGUUUGCACUGUUAGGGAAUAUGGUGGUGUGCCUGAUGGUGUACCAGAGAUCGGCUAUGCGCUCCGCUAUCAACCUCCUCUUGGCAAGCCUGGCAUUUGCCGACAUGAUGCUCGCCAUUUUCAACAUGCCGUUCACGCUAGUUACCAUCGUGACCAUCAACUGGAUUUUCGGGGAGGUUUUCUGCCGGGUUUCGGCCAUGCUGUUUUGGUUUUUUGUGAUGCAGGGAGCGGCUGUUCUGCUUAUAAUAAGCAUAGAUCGCUUUCUCAUCAUCGUCCAGAAGCAAGAUAAGCUGAGUCCACAGAGGGCCAAAAUGCUCAUACUGGUCACGUGGGGACUUGCUUUCUUUUUCUCCUUUCCUUUAGCCGUCGGCUCCCCUGGCCUACAUAUCCCACCCAGGGCCCCUCAGUGCGUUUUUGGCUAUAGCCCUGAACCGGCUAACCAUGCUUACGUAUUGAUAUUAACGCUGGUAUUCUUCUUUAUACCCUUUAUGGUUAUGUUUUACACAUUCAUGGGAAUUCUAAACACCAUCCGCCACAACACAGCCCGCAUCCACAGUCACCCGGACGCCUUGUGCCUGAGCCAAGCCAGCAAACUGGGCUUACUGAGUCUCCAGAAGCCCUUUCAAAUGAACAUUGAUGUGAGUUUUAAGACGCGUGCCUUUGCCACUAUCCUCAUCCUCUUCACUGUGUUCACUGUGUGCUGGGCACCUUUCACUGCCUACAGUCUUGUAUCGACUUUCAAUGAUGAGUUCUACCAUAAAAGCAGUUUUUUUCAAUUCAGUACGUGGGUGCUGUGGUUGUGCUACUUAAAGUCAGCCCUCAACCCUAUCAUUUACUACUGGCGCAUCAAAAAAUUCCGCAACGCUUGUCUGGAGCUGAUACCAAAGUACUUUAAAUGUCUUGCUCAGCUGCCAGGCAACACAAAGAGGCGUAUACAACCAAGAGCUGUUUAUGUUUGCGAAGGGCAUUGGUCUGUGGUUUAA